GAUUUUCCGUAAAGCAAAGAUCUCUUGAAAGCUCUUACUCCCCCAGUAAUUUCGCCGGCAAACCAUAAACGGUGCCACAUGAGCACAGCUCUUCUCGUUUAAUCCAGACUUAGUUUUCGUCCCACAAUUGAUGUGUUAAAACUGAGAACUGCUGAAAAACCAAUUACUUCGUGUGGCAUUACUGCAGCCCAAAAACACCAUGAAACUCGUGCUCCUAUUGAGCGCCCUGCUGGCGGGGAUUGCCCUCUCCCAGGGAGCCGCCGUGAUGUCCGUGGACCUGGGCAGCGAGUGGAUGAAGGUGGGCGUUGUGUCGCCCGGAGUGCCCAUGGAAAUCGCCCUGAACCGCGAGUCCAAGCGCAAAACGCCAGCGAUCCUGGCCUUCCGCGAUGGAACGCGUACCAUUGGCGAGGAUGCACAGACAAUUGGAAUCAAGGAUCCAAACUCGGCCUAUGGCUAUCUUCUCGAUCUGCUGGGCAAGACCAUUGAUAAUCCCAUUGUCGAUUUAUAUAGGAAACGCUUUCCGUACUACAACAUUGUGGGUGAUCCCGAGCGCAACACUGUGGUUUUCCGCAAAAGCGACACCGAGGAAUUCUCCGUGGAGGAGCUGGUUGCCCAAAUGCUGGUCAAGGCCAAGCAGUUUGCCCAGGAAUCCGUACAGCAGCCAAUCACCGAGUGCGUCCUAACCGUGCCCGGUUACUUUGGCCAAGCCGAAAGGGAGGCUCUGUUGUCGGCCGCCCAGUUGGCCAAUCUGAAGGUGCUGCAACUAAUCAACGAUUAUGCGGCAGUGGCUCUCAACUACGGUGUCUUCCACCGCGGCGAAAUUAACGAAACGGCCCAGUAUUACCUCUUCUACGAUAUGGGCGCGUAUAAAACCUCAGCCGCCGUGGUGAGCUAUCAGUUGGUGAAGGACAAGCAAACCAGGGAGAUCAACCCGGUGGUCCAGGUCCUUGGCGUUGGUUAUGAUCGCACUCUGGGUGGUCUGGAGAUCCAACUGCGAUUGCGCGAUUACCUGGCACAGGAGUUUAAUGCCCUGAAAAAGACCAAGACCGAUGUGACCACCAGUCCCCGAGCUCUGGCUAAACUUUUCAAGGAAGCAGGACGCCUGAAGAAUGUCCUGUCUGCCAAUACGGAGUUCUUCGCUCAAAUCGAAAACCUGAUAGAGGACAUUGACUUCAAAUUGGCUGUAAGUCGCGAGAAGUUGGAGCAAAUCUGCGAGGAUCUCUGGCCGCGGGCCACCAAGCCAUUGGAAGAGGCGUUGGCCUCCUCGCACCUCAGUCUGGAUGUGAUCACCCAGGUGAUUUUGUUUGGUGGCGGCACUCGAGUGCCACGCGUGCAGGAAACCAUCAAAGCUGUCAUUAAACAGGAGCUGGGCAAGAAUCUGAACGCCGAUGAAUCCGCUACGAUGGGUGCAGUCUAUAAGGCAGCCGACUUAUCUGCCGGCUUCAAGGUGAAGAAGUUUGUGGUCAAGGAUGCCACGCUAUUCCCCCUGCAGGUGUCCUUUGAGCGGGAUCCAGGCGAUGGUGCUGCCGUGAAGCAAGUGAAACGUGCCCUGUUUGCCCUGAUGAAUCCCUAUCCCCAGAAGAAGGUCAUCACCUUCAACAAGCACACCGACGACUUUGAGUUCUAUGUCAACUACGCCGACUUGGAUCGGUAUAGCAAGGAGGAGAUUGCCGCUCUGGGCAGCUUGAAUGUGACCAAGGUGCAGCUGAAGCAGGUGAAGGAGCUGCUGGAGAAAUCGAAGAAGGAACUGGUCGAUAACAAGGGCAUCAAGGCCUACUUCUAUCUGGAUGACUCUGGCAUUUUCCGCUGCACAGGCGUUGAGUAUGUGUACGAGAAGCAAAAGCCUGAGGAAGAUGCGGAUGAUGACAGCACAUUGUCGAAGUUUGGCAGCACUUUGAGCAAACUGUUUACCAAGGACGGUGACGAAAAGAAGGACGAUUCGGAGCAAGAAGACCAGGCUAAUGCAGGCGAAGAGCCAUCCAAAUCGGACGAUAAUGAGAAGGCCAAGGAAGAGGAAGCCAGCAGCAAGGAGCAAAAGUCUGAGGACAGCGCCAAACAAGACGCCGAAGCCAAAAACGAAACAAUCAAGCUUGUUACCGUCAAGUCCCCGGUGACGUACGAGUCGCAAACGCAGUUUGUUGUUCCUCUGGCCGGUUCCGGGUACGACCAAUCGGUGGCCAAACUCGCCGCCAUUAACAAGGCGGAGGAGCAACGUGUCCGCUUGGAGUCAGCUUUCAAUGCCCUCGAAGCGCACAUAAUCGAGGUGCAACAGAAACUGGACGAGGACUCCUACGCCAAGUGUGCCACCGCCGAGGAGAAGGAGAAACUUCUGGCCGAAUGCAGCACUCUGGGUGAAUGGCUGUACGAGGAUCUGGAGGAUCCCAAGGCCGAAAUCUACGAGGAAAAACUGGCGCAACUGAAGAAGCUAUCCAACGUGUUUCUCGCCCGCCACUGGGAACACGAGGAGCGACCAGAGGCCAUCAAGGCGCUCAAGGGUAUGAUUGAUGGCGCCGAAAAGUUCCUGGUCACUGGCCGCAAUCUCACCAAGGACACCAAUCCCGAGAAGGACGUCUUCACCCAGGUUGAGAUCGAUACGCUGGACAAAGUCAUCACCGAAACUAAUGCCUGGCUGAAGACAGAGACAGCGGCCCAGAAGAAGUUGGCCAAGAAUGCGGACAUCCGCCUGACUGUAAAGGAUAUAACGGACAAAAUGAGCCUGCUGGACCGCGAGGUCAAGUAUUUGGUUAACAAGAUUAAGAUCUGGAAGCCCAAGGCGAAGCCCGCUGCCGAAAAGGACAAGAAAAAGGAGGAGGAGGUGGUGGCUUCCGGCAGUGGCGAUGGCACCAAAACUGAGGAUGCCGACCAGCAGCAGGAGCCGCCGGCAAAGGAGGAGCAGCAGGAGUCCGUGGAUGAGAUCACCCCAACGCCUGCAGAGGAGGAAACCAAGACACCGCACAGUGAGCUCUAAGGAGCCAAACUAGAGGGAUUACGAGCAUCCGUAGCAGCUGGAAGCCAAGUGCCUGUCUUAGGAUUCGAAGGAGGAUUCAAAUCGGGGGUAACACAGGGGGAAAAAGACGGCAAAUGGCCACGACACGGGGCGUCUUUAUUUCUAUGAUUUUUUUAGCUAAAGUCGGGGUUAAAUUAUGCUACUUCUAAUCUAAAACAAAACACACACAAAAGAAAAAAACACACAAAAUAAUGUAAACCGUAACUAAAUGUAAAAACCAUUUUCCAUUUCCAUACCAUUCCGCAUAGGAAAUACAAGACUUGAAGAAGUACUCACACGGUCCCCUCUAUAUAUCCACUAUAUCUUAUUGAUCUAUUGUAGCGAAAGUAGCGAAACGAAUUGGGCGGGAUGAGUUAAUUGCCGAGAUAAGAUCGAAAUAAAUCUGAAAUCGUAGGGAGCGAAUGAUAACAAAUAAAGUUUGUAUUGUGUUGUA